AUGGGUCAGCUACAAAAUCCAUUUCAGGUACACAAAGCAGACAGUGGUGCAAUAAGAUUUGAAAUAAUUUGUACAGGGAUGCCUGAUACAUCAGCAAAUCCUUUCAUAGCCCUUAUAUCCAAAGAGUGCCCUCAUGGAGACCUGUACAAGAUAACAUUUGAAUAUGAUACAGGAAACAUUUGUCUAACAUCGCCUGAAGAGCGAAAAAUUAUAGAGAUACCAGACUUUCUCAUUCCUCUCACAACACGAGAAUUUUGGCUAACUUGGUUCAACAAUGAGAUGUAUCCUCCAUUUCUCUUACCACCUUUAAAAUAUAAACAUAUAGAAGAUGGAAAAUUAUUUUGGGUUAAAAUGGUUGAUAAUAAACUUCCACCGGGUGCUUUUAUCGGUGGAUUUGAAAAUGAGCCAUUAUAUAUAGCACGUGCAAUGCACAAUAAUUCAUUGUGUCCUGGGAAGUAUGUACCAUCUAAACAAUGUGCUUAUGUACCAUGGGGAUUUCGAGAACAUGAGAAAAGGAACUUUGAGAUACUUUGUGGUUUUAAUGCUAUAUGGAUCAAAUGUAAAGAAAACUUGCUACCUGAAAAUGCUUUUGUUGCGGGAGCAUCAGAAAUAAAUGGUGAACAUUUAUACAUAGGUAGAGCAAUGGUCAACUCAAACCUUAUUGUUGGUAAAGUGCUCUUGUUGUAUAAGACUUGUUAUCUUCCAUAUGAAGGCAGGGAGGUUGAAAGGUCUUCUUAUGAGGUACUUGUUAAAGGAAAUGUAAAAAGCCAUGGUAUUUCAGUAAAGAAUAAAUGUUUAAUGAACCCCACCAAAGCUAUGCAACCAUGUAUAUAAGAAACUUGUAUAUAUGUGUAUACUUUUUAAUUUGUGAUAUUAUUUAUAUUUAUUUAUUAACAUUGUUGUUAUAAGAUAAACUAAUUAAAAAAAAUAUUAUUUACUUUGAAGUAUAUCUAGUGAGGAGAAACUAG